AUGUCAAGCAAAUGGAGAAAACUCAAGCUAGCUUUCGGAUUCAACUCCUGUAUUCACAUUCCCAAACAAUUUGACGAUUCCUCCACAUCUCUCAACACCAACGCAAGAUUCUCCGCCGACACCUCCGCCGACACCUCCGCCGUUACUCUAAGUGUCCGAUCACCUUCCUCCUCUGCUCACCGAUCACUCAAAUCCCCCAAGGGAACUUGUGCAAUAUGCCUGAACUCGUUGAAACCAGGGAAUGGCCAGGCCAUUUUUACUGCAGAAUGCUCUCAUUCUUUCCAUUUCCACUGUAUCACUUCCAAUGUAAAACACGGGAACCAAAUUUGUCCGGUUUGUCGAGCAAAGUGGAAAGAAGUUCCUUUUCAGAGCCCUGAUUUACAUCCUCGAAACAGUCAAUUAACAAGAGAUAAUGGGUGGCCAGCUGCCAUUAGGAGGCUUCCUUCUUCUACUCAAGUCAAUGCAGGCGGACAGAUUUCGUCGCUUUAUCAUGUUACUGAACCGGCUAUUUUUAAUGAUGAUGAACCUAUUGAUCAACACACUUCAAUUCCGUGCGACAACAAUAGUAUUGAGACUAAUUGUCACGAUAUAAUAAAUAAAGUUGAGAUCAGAACUUAUCCCGAGGUUUCAUCUGUUCCAAAAUCAGCCUCUCGUGAUGCCUUUGCCGUGUUAAUUCAUCUCAAAGCUCCUCAGUCUGAGAGUAAACAAUAUAUUUCCGGAAACGAUACUGACUCAUCACCACCUCCGGUUGAAAAUUCCCGCGCUUCAGUUGACCUUGUUACGGUCCUUGAUGUAAGUGGUAGCAUGUUAGGUACUAAGCUUGCAUUGCUAAAACGAGCAAUGGGUUUUGUCAUUCAGAAUAUGGGUCCCUCAGACCGGCUGUCUGUCAUCGCCUUCUCCUCCUCAGCGCGUCGCAUCUUUCCUCUUCGGAAGAUGACUGAUAUCGGACGGCAAGAGGCUUUACAAGCUGUUAAUUCGUUGGUUUCAAACGGUGGAACAAAUAUUGCAGAAGGCUUGAGGAAAGGGGCCAAAGUGUUUUCCGAUCGUCGGUGGAAGAAUCCAGUUUGCAGCAUCAUAUUACUCUCGGAUGGACAAGAUACAUACACAGUCAAUAGCAGACCAGGUGUCGGAGCAGAUUACCAGUCACUUGUCCCAAACACCAUUCACCAUAAUAAUAACAGUCUAGGCUUGCAGAUACCUGUGCAUGCAUUCGGCUUCGGCGCUGACCAUGAUGCUACUUCAAUGCAUUCAAUCUCCGAAAUAUCAGGUGGUACAUUUUCUUUUAUUGAAGCCGAGGAAGUAAUUCAGGACGCAUUUGCGCAGUGUAUUGGUGGACUGUUGAGUGUAGUAGUGCAGGAGGUAAAAUUAGAUAUCAGAUGUGUUCAUCCUCGGCUGCAACUUAGUUCGGUAAAAGCAGGAAGUUAUCGAACAAGUUUGACGACUGAUGGAAGAAUGGCUUCGAUAAAUGUCGGAGACUUAUACGCUGAAGAAGAGAGGGACUUUUUGGUGACAGUCAAUGUUCCAAUUGAUAGUUCCAAUGACGAGAUGUCAUUGUUGAAUGUUAAAGGUUUUUACAGAGACCCUAUAACAAAGGAAAUGGUAGCUUUGGAAGAAACAAGUGAAGUAACAAUCGAGAGACCAAACAUAAGUAGAGAACUAGUCGUGUCAAUUGAAGUAGACAGACAGCGGAACAGGCUCCAAGCAGCUGAGGCAAUGUCCGAAGCAAGAAUUGCAGCCGAACGUGGCCAACUAUCUUCUGCAGUUUCCGUCUUAGAUAGCUGUCAUAAGACAUUGUCCGAAUCUGUCUCUGCUAAAUCUGGUGAUCGCUUAUGCGUUUCACUUGCUGCUGAACUAAAGGAAAUGCAGGAGAGAAUGGCAAACCAACACAUCUACGAGCAAUCCGGAAGAGCUUACGUUUUAUCAGGAUUGAGCUCGCAUUCAGCGCAAAGAGCAACAGCGCGAGGCGAUUCAACUGACAGCACAACUCUUUUGCAAUCGUAUCAAACUCCUUCGAUGGUUGACAUGGUGACACGUUCGCAGACAAUGGUGCUCGGUGCUCCACUUCGGCGUAUCCUUCAACCCGCUAAAUCAUUUCCUGAGAGGCACAGAAGAUGA